AUGUCAAACUUCGGGAGAAGAACCUGGGACAGAGAGGAGUAUGCUGAACAAGCCAGAAGCGGGUAUGAUGACCAAUCCUUGAAGAAUACGCUAACACCCGUUGAAUUACAAGCAUUGAAAACAAAAUAUACGAGCUACGACCGACUAAUCAAAGCUUCACUGAAAGAUCUAAAUAAACGAAAGCUAACUGCAAAUAACGAAAGUCUGUCGUCUUCUAAGAAAGGCAAAAAGUUCGGGUUUUAUUGCGAUAUCUGUAAUUUGACGUUCAAGGACACACUACAAUACGUUGACCACUUGAACCAUAAGCUACAUGCGAUAAAAUUUGAGAACCUAUUUGACGAGCCGUUAGUAUUGGAGAUAAGAGACAAUGAUGAUAUACCGCAGGAGGAGUUCGAAAAGCGUUAUAACGAGUUGGUGAAGGAAUUCAUAGAAAUACAUUCGACUACUAGUCAAUCCAAGAAAAGGAUGUCUUCAAACGUAGACGUAAACAAAUCCAAGAAAGUGGACAAGGCGCCUUUGCUCUCUACGGGGAAUGAAUCAAAAGUCAGUCAAAUGAUGGGCUUUUCCAGUUUUGGCAGUUCCAAGUAA